GAGAGGCCCUGAGCACAACGUGCCCAACCAGUAGCCUUGCCUCCCGCGGUCAUUAACCUUGCUGGGAAAGGCAGGGGGAAGCUCCUCGGCGAGGCUUGUCAUUCAGAGUGUGAGCCACGGCAGGGACCACAGCAGACACGUUUCCGGCAAGCUGCUCCUUCGCUGCGAGGUGAGAUAAAAGAGCGGGUCCCCGUGCGUGCGUCCGCCCACCCGCCCGCCGACAUGAGAUUCCCGCAGCUCCUCCUGAGCUGGGUUUUGCUGCUGACGGGGCUGCUUCUGGUCAACGGACAGAGGCCAGCUAACUUGGCCAACAGACGAAAACUACACAGACAUCACUGUUCCCACAGGAGAUGCAUGCCCCUUCAUUCCAGAGUGCCCUUCCCUUGAGUUUCUUCAAAUUUGCUGAGGAAAAAAAAAAGCACCGAAGUCCAGAUGACAUUUGAUAAUGGCACACUUAUGAUCUACAGAGAUAUCUCACAAGCCAUCAUCAGGAAACAGAGAAAUCAUAUGAGAAAACUGUUGGAGCAGGUUUUCCUGGAGCUUGGGGAUUCUUUAAGAAGAAAGAAAUAAUUAUCAACCAAAAGAUCUUAUCUAGAAGCACUGGAGAAUCAUCGGUACAGUAUAUCCACCACUUUUCUUGGCAUCUCAACAUAGCAAUCUAGUAGCCAGAAAGCAAACAUUGCAAUGUUAGACAAAUUAUGUUCUUGAAAAAGUUUUUGCUGUAUUAAGUGUCUCUUACUCAUGUAUCUUUUAACACUCUAUUAAAAAUAUGCAAGAGUGAAAUUAGUAUUUGAUAAACAGUAUGACUGCUUAAAGCCACAAUUAUUUAAUUGGUUUCACUAUUGCUUGAUGACCAGGAUGCUCUGUUUUAUUCCUGUUAUGUCCAAACAUUUCUCAGGCCGGCACUCCUUAGUAUCUUGGCCUACUGUUCCAGAAUUACCAACCACAACAUGUCAACAGGGUGCCAGGUUAGAUAAUCUGGCUGUUUUUGAAGGAGGAAAUUCUUAAAUAUUAACUAAAAUUAACAGAAAAAGCUUACAAGCAUGUUUGAACCUUAAAAAUCACUUAUACCAGUGGAAAUGCACUGUAUGAUAAGGCUUUGUGUGAUCAGAUACUUAACAGAUCAAUACUGUAAUGUAUAUCUUGCCAUAGUCCUUGAUACAUAUGUAGCAAUUUUAACACUACAAUCAAUUUAGAUCAUAUAGUGAUUCAAUAAUUUCUUAAAGCAUGUUUGUAACUGUAUAUGUUGUACAAAAUGUAUUUCAAGUAGUACUGUCACAUUAAAUAUUCAUGUAUCUUUUCA